CUUGUGCCGCGCAGGAUUGUGGGGCUUGCUGUGAGUGGCGCAGAGUAGAAGCGGCCGCCAUCUUGUCCUCGUCCAUUGAUUUGUGUAUUCAGGCCUCUGGUUGCAUAACCACCGAGCGGAGAUAUGGGGCGGUCACGUAGUCGGAGCUCAUCCCGUUCUAAGCACGUCAAAAGCGGCAAGCACAAUAAGAAGCGCAGCCGCUCCCGGGAGAAGGAGCGAGUGAGGAAACGCUCUAAAUCCCGGGAGGGCAAGAGGAACCGGAGGCGGGAGUCCAGAUCCAGGUCCCGCUCCAACACGGCGGCUCGCAGGGAGCGGGAAAGACCGGUGACUCCGCCUGACCGCAUCGAUAUCUUCGGGCGGACGCUUAGUAAGAGGAGCAGCCUGGACGAGAAGCAGAAGCGGGAGGAGGAGGAGAAGAAGAUCGAGUACGAGCGCCAGAGGCGGAUGCAGUAUUACGGCUCCAACAACUGGAUCUCUUUGGAUUCUGCUGAAACAAACUCAAAAAGUAGACAACAAGAAAUUGAAGAAAAACUGAUAGAGGAGGAAACGGCUCGACGCGUGGAAGAGCUUGUCGCCAAGCGCGUGGAAGAAGAGUUAGAGAAAAGGAAAGAUGAAAUUGAACGAGAAGUUCUUCGGCGGGUCGAGGAGGCUAAGCGCAUCAUGGAAAAGCAGUUGCUCGAAGAACUCGAGCGACAGAGGCAAGCCGAGCUUGCUGCACAAAAAGCCAGAGAGGAAGAAGAAAGAGCAAAACGUGAGGAACUGGAGCGAAUACUUGAAGAAAAUAACCGUAAAAUUGCUGAAGCCCAGGCUAAACUGGCUGAGGAGCAAUUGAAAAUUGUUGAAGAACAAAGAAAAAUACAUGAGGAAAGGAUGAAACUUGAACAAGAGAGACAGCGACAACAAAAGGAAGAGCAAAAAAUUAUAUUGGGCAAGGGAAAGUCGAGGCCGAAAUUAUCUUUCUCAUUAAAAAGCCCAGAUUGAUUCUAGCCUAUGAACAUUGUCCUAACCGAGCUAAGACUAUGUAUGGUAGCUUCAUGUUGAAGUGUCUUUUUUUUUUUUUUUUUUUUUUUUUGUCUGGAAUAUCAAAUAUCAUUUCUCAAAGGGGCUGUGCUCUCAAUUCCGUAAUGUAGGUUUCAUUUUUUAUACAGUAUAUAGGUAAAACAGCUAUUGACUAAAUAAAAUUUCUGUUAAAUCCUUAUCAGAUUAAUCUUUUUUAUAAUGUUUCAUAAUUUUUCUGUCCGUGUAAACAUGGACUAGGUUCCCUUAAACUGCUUUCCAUGAUCUGGUAAGGAUUUAACCUCCCCUGAUUCUAGAUUUUUUUUCACAGAAGAACAUAGUUUGGUCUGAUCUUUUACAAAGUAUUGACUGUUUGCAUCCAUGAAUUGCCACAGUAUUGUUGGAACUUUGUCCCGUAUUGUAAAACCAGUGUCCCCAUGGUGCUGUUCCACUUGCACUCGAUGUCCCGGUACAGGUAAGGAUACAGAUAGUAAAAGGAUUCCCUUCAAAGUUUACCUAGUUCAGUAUUGUCAGUACACAGUUGUUUUUAACUACUUUGAUGCAACCCUAUCAGAUUUUUCCACAGUGUAAAUACAUCCAUUUGCUGAAUAAAGUCUUAAAUGCCUCAUGUAUGUCACAUAUGUUGUGAAUGUUUAAAAGGGAUUUUCAUUGGCUCAUCUACAUUCAUCACACACUGUAUUUUUGUAGAGAAGCUUAAGAUGAAUUUUUUUUUGUUUCUGCUGACUACCGUAUUAGAUGCUGUAUCAUGUUUAAGCAGCUGGUUGAUGUCGCUGCCUGCGAUAAAUGCCUGAAUACCUUCCACUUUCUAGUAAUAACCUAAAGAUGCAUGCGCAAGCAAUCAAGGAAAUUCAGCCUCUUCAGUACAUUCCCUGUUUUUGAGCAUAACAAAUGUUCAGAAAGUGAAGAGCAAACCUUGGAGAAGCAAUAAAGCUACAAGUCCCACAAAUGUUCAACGAUUAUCAUUUUUUUCCCCUCACAAUACUGCAGUACAUGUGUUUUUUGUUGGAGAAAAUCUCUGGACUGAUCUUUUCUGCAAAAAGGAUUUAUUUUUAGUGUUCUUUCUCUAGAAACCUGCAAAAUAAAUGGGCAUUAGUUUACAAUAAAGGCAAACCCCUUCUGUC